GAGUCUUGAAAUUAUAAAUCAAUAACCAUAAUUGAAUCUUCAUUCUACAUUGCUUCUAGAUAUUAGUGCUUAUAUUUUUACAAUAACAUUUUAAAUACUAAAAAAGAAAAAUCCGAAAUAUUUUAAAAUAAACGAAAAUGGGAUUAUUAAAACCAGGAAUAAAAUCUCGAAUGGAGUCAGUCACCGAGUUUGUAAAAACUUCUUACCAUAUCGCCUUUAUUCCAUUUGUUAUAUACAUGGGUUUCCAAAAAGGACCAGAGGUUGGUGGCCCUGCAUUUGGACUUUUAAGUCUCCUGUGGCAGUAAAUUAGAAAAAAUUCUUCAUCUCCGUCAAGACACAUUUAUGUAUUAUUUCAGAACAAUAAUAAUUUAUUCAAUAAUUUGUGUUUUAUAUUAACUAGUUAAAUAUUAUGCUGCUUAAGCUUAAUGUUGUAAAAUAAAUUUGUUAUAAUGUGA